ACUAAUAAAACAAACUAGAUUUUGGGGAAAUCCGUAAUCGGCCGAAGUGUUCCGAAUGCUGCCAAACAACAUUACCCGACCGGAACCGCUAGAUGGCUACACGUAUUUCCUGUCCACCUGGCUGUAUUAUGUUGACAUUUUUUUCUGUUAAGAUUUGCAAAAGUUAUCUAUUAAGUAUUUAGAUUUUUAGAUUAAUAUGAAUGAGCGAAAAACAGGCAGUGCUUAGAUGGUUUAGCAGUGGAACUCCAAAUAAUUAUUGCAUCAAGACGGGACGACUGACAUAGAUUUUCAAUUGCAAGUGGUCAAGUAAUCAACAUCAUCGUCAUUGAACAUGGCAAGAUUGGCUAAACUGCUGAUGCGAAAAACAUUUAUUUUAAAGCUAGGAUUGUGCAUAGCAAUUUUGCUAUUAAUAGGACCUUAUUUUUUCCAUCUUUAUGAUGAAUCAAGUGAUCACAAAUCGCCUGUAAAGAAAAGUGGAUCAUUGCUUACUUUUAAGAAGAAACAUGAUCAAAUUGUGCCUGAUUUGAAACAGGAAAAUGUAAUACCCCAACCCAACUUAAAUGGUGACAUUCCAAGUCAUGAUGAAAACAAAGAAGGGCCUGUAGCCAUUAUGAAGAAGGGGAUCGUUGGCAACUAUGAACCCAAAGAAUCAGAGGGAAGAUCAGGACCAGGAGAAUAUGGGGAGCCAGUGUAUACCACAAUGGAAGAAAAGAGCCGAGCUCAGCAAUCUGAGCGGGAGUAUGGCUUCAACAUGGUCAACAGCGAUAAGAUUGCCAUGGACCGGGCAAUUCCUGAUACCAGAAUGGAGGAAUGUAAAUACUGGUGGUAUCCGGAGAAACUGCCGACAGCCAGUGUUAUUCUGGCAUUCCACAAUGAAGGCUGGUCGACACUUGUCCGCACAGUGCACAGCAUCGUCAACACAUCUCCACCACAGCUCCUCAAAGAAGUGAUCAUGGUGGACGAUUUCAGUGACAAAGCUGACCUUAAAGGAAAACUUGAAGAAUACGUAAAAAGAUUUAAUGGAAAAGUAAAGAUUACCAGAAAUCCAGAGAGACUUGGUUUAAUACAGACUCGAACUCGAGGCGCCGAAGUUUCGACUGGUGAUGUUAUUGUGUUCUUGGAUGCUCACUGCGAGUGCAACAGGAACUGGUUACCUCCCUUGUUGACACGUAUUCUUCACAACAGGAGGACAAUGGCUGUUCCAAUAGUGGAUGGAAUUGACUGGGACAAUUUCCGGUAUCAUCCGGUAUACACGACAAAUCAUCACCGUGGUAUUUUUGAGUGGGGCUUUCUCUACAAGGAGAGCCAGGUGCCACAGAAGGAGCUCUCCACGAGAACCUACAACAGUGAGCCCUAUAAAUCCCCUACACAUGCAGGAGGUUUGUUUGCAAUGGACAGGAAAUAUUUCUUUGAGCUUGGGGCUUAUGAUCCAGGCAUGCAGAUAUGGGGAGGCGAAAACUAUGAACUCUCAUUUAAGAUUUGGCAAUGUGGUGGUGUGAUAGAGUGGGUCCCCUGCUCAAGAGUGGGCCAUAUUUACAGAAAUCAUAUGCCUUAUGGUUUUGGAAAAGUUAGUCACAAAAUUCCAGUUAUUCUACUGAAUUAUAUGCGGGUCGUCGAAGUUUGGCUGGAUGAUGAAUACAAAGAAUAUUUCUACACCCGAGAGCCCACCAUACGAGGAUAUCCUAUAGGAGAUCUCACAAAACAGCUAGCAUUCAAGAAAGAUAACAACUGUAAAAGCUUUAAGUGGUUUAUGGAAAAUGUGGCAUAUGAAGUCUUUGACAGAUUUCCACCACUGCCACCAAACAAGGCAUGGGGGGAGGUCCAAGAGAAACAUGGUCAGCGCUGCUGGGAUGUCAUUGGUCAGGGUGUGAAUGGGGGCCCUAUUGGGGUAUACUACUGUCAUCAUGGUGGAGGAAAUCAGUUAUUCAGAAUAAACACCAAAGGUCAGAUAGGUUAUGGAGAGCGAUGUAUUGAAUCAGACAAUGGUGAUACGUUGCAUAUUCACUUCUGUGAUGUCCAACCCACUGGACCUUGGAAUUAUGAUGAGAACACUGGACUGAUUCGCAACAAAGAUCACAACAAGUGUGUAGAGAUUGGAAAAGAUGAGCGACUUCAUUUACAGCCAUGUGACCCAGCUUCAAAAACACAGCAGUAUGUUGUUAAUGAAAUAUUUCCAUGGAAAAGAUAAUACUGUUUGUUAGUUCUACAAAGUUUUUACAAGUAUAUUGUUUGCUUAAACCUUAUCACCAAAAAAUAUCCAGACAAAUUUGUUCAGGUCUAAUGUUUCCUAGGUGGGUUUUUUUUCACUAUAAUAUUUAAUUUAAAAAAAGUAAAAAGUGCCAACUAAUUCACUGCUAAAAUUGUUAGUAAGACUUAACAGCAAAUAAUGUUUUUUUUAAAGAGUGACAUCUCUUUUGUUCUGUUAUACAGGGGUGGGAAUUCUCCUUGGAUCAGCUGUUUUCCUCAUGGAACAUUGCGUUUGCUCACAUUUUAAUCGUCCUUUCCUCAAAAAUGUGUCGGAUGGCACAGAUUUUAACCUAGGAUUUCAAGAAUUUUCGGGACCCCUCGGGAUUUCCUCUUUUUUACAGUUCACCAAUUCCCACCCCUGGUUAUGACCUUUUUAAAAAUGAAACUAUUACUCAGAGAGUGAUUUCCAUUUCUCCAUCCUAUCUUAUUUGUUCAUUGUUACAAUUUAAAAUAGAUGGGUCUACAUGAUUUGAUAGAAGUCGUGGAAUGACAAUGAUCUGUCAUUUUGCCUUCAUAUUUUUACACAAAUUUAUAAUGUAUUAGUUUGAAUCUGGAAAAAUGGUAUUUUAAGAAGGCUUUUAUAAGUAAUUGUUGAUAUGAUGGUGCUGGUUUCGCGUUGAAACUGGGACUAUCUGAUUAUUUGAAUCUGGCACAUACAGAUAUACUUCAUUGUAUAAUAGACAAUGACAUCACUGAAAUUUCCUGCAUAUUGCUCGUGAGUUGUAUGUUUUAAAACACAUAAAAAUAACUUCUGUAAAUUAUUUGACAAUGUGGACUAUAUGACUAUUUCUGUUUCUCAGAGCUAAAAAAAUGUGGGCAGUAUGAAAUUCUCAUUUCAGGCAAACUGUACAAUUAAACAAAACCUAGUUGUGAGCUAUCCAGCUUAGCGGGAAAUAUGCAGGAAAUUACUGUAAAGUAUGUACGGUAACUAGUAUUACACCACUAAGACAGAUUUUUUUUUAUCUUCGUCCUUUUUAAUUUGGUGUGUAAUUUUGUGAUCAACAGUAACAGUUGUUUAAUAUGUUUUUGUUGUUGAUUUUUAUUUAGGGUAAAUGUUUCAGUAUCUUAUGAAAGAUUUUUUUUGCCUGGAGGUUUGUGUUUUGUUACUUUCUUUUACAUUUAAUGGUUCUGUAUUCAUUCUGUCAUUCCUGGAUUGCUUACAUUUUUAACCUUGAAUCUGAAUAAAUCACAAUUUAUUAAUAUUUUAAGGAACAAGUUUUAUCCAAGGUCUUGCUUGAAGUCAUUUCAAAUUCAAAAAUAGCUACCGUCAUGUACAUUUCAAAGAUAUUUGAAAUGUAUUUGACAUGUCUUCCAUAAAGAACACUGUAUUGUUCAGUUAUGUAUAUAGAACAUAUGAGAUGUAAAUAUUGAUUUAUUAAUAAAAAGUAUUAAUUAUGUGUUGUUGCCAAAGAGGAAGUAACUUUUAGUUGUAGGAAAUCAGAGAAGUUAUUGACGUUGAAACAAUACUAAAUUAAUUGGUGUUAAGACCUAAAAAAAAAAAAAAUCUAUGUUUCCGGGAAUGUGUUAGAAAAACAUUUGGUUAGGUAGGUUGGUUAUUUUAAAAAAUGUUGUCACCUUUAUAUUAAAUUUUUUUAAGGGAAAAAAAUUUAUAUUAAAUAUUGGAAAACAAAAUUAGGUUUGGCUCUUAUUUGUAGGUAGGGUCAAUUUCCCAGAAACAUACAGUUUUUUUAUUGAGGCCUAAACAGAUAUUUUUUUAUCUAGAAAUCUUAAAUAACCUUCCCUCAUUGCACCUUUGUUUAACACCCAAUAGCCAAUGUGUAUUUUUGUGCUGGGGUGUCAUUAAACAUUCAUUCAUUCAUUCAUUCAAUCUCUGUAUGUUUUGUUUUUUCACAAUGUGACUCAAGUAACAGUUUAUUGUGUAUGAUCAACUUGUAUUGUCAGAAUGCAAAUAUUAUAGUGAUUUUUGUUGUAAGUAGUGUUAGCUUGUUACUGAAACUUGCACACUGACAUUGCUAUAAGAAUUUUGUAUCGACAUUUACUAAAUUUGUAUUGAACAUAUCAUUUACAAGACACAACGGAAUGGAAGUGUUUCUUAGUUGUCUUACCUGUGUACUGUUUAUUUAUUGAAAUCCCCCUUUGAAAAACACUUGUCAUUUGUUGCCAUUGUUAAGAUGUUGCUGACUAACAAAAAUGUUUUUAUGUUUUUCUGUAUAAAUAUCAGUGGUUGUGUAUUAAAUGUGUUUCUGUUUAAAUCUUGCUGGCCUUUUUUGGGGGCCAAAAGUCCACUCAAGUCGCCAAGUUAAUAGCAGUAGUGAGAAGUCGAAAGUCAUAUUUGAUCUGUAACAGUACGUGAUAAAGCUAUACACAAAAUGUCAGCUCAAUAUCUCAAAACCUGCAAAAAACAUCCAGAAAACAUGUGGGAGAGAUGGAUGGACAGACAGACAGACAGACUGGUAGGGGACUACAAGAUAGGAGAAGUGACUUCUCCCUUCCCAGAAGAAAGGUGAGAAGUGUGAUAAAAAUAGGAGAAGUGAAAAUUUUGCCAUGUUCAGCUUUCAAUCUGAAAAAUUCCAAAUUAUACACUCUAUUCAAUCUUAAUUUUUCUAUGUAAAAUACUACUUCCGGUAAUAAAAUUUAAACCAAACAAUUGUAUGUUUCAUUAAAAACAUGAUAUUAUUAAGUAGUUGAUAAUGUGCCGUUAUGUUAAAAUGAAAAUAUUAAUUAGUAUUUUCUGGCAUUACUGUAAUUAAUGUGGUCAACGAUAAACAACACUUGACUAGUCACAGCAAACAACGCGACAUGUCGAUGUACAGUCUGGCACCAAAGAAAAAAUACUGUCCUGACAUAUGUCGACAAGGUGCCAAGUGAGCUGAUAAUAAACAAGUCAGAGUCUU